CAUUUUUGUCAAAAAAGCAGCUUUUUCUAAACGACAACCAAACUAUUUGCCAUUCAUACCAGUCUGUCAUUACCGGUGUCACUAAAUACAUUAAGUGGUGUAAUCCAUCAUUGAUACAUACAUACGCAAUAGCAAAGGGAUUCCUAAAAUGUCAAGUUCAAUUGAAAAGGAAGCAAUUCGUACACCUGAAGAAUAUUCAACUAGUGGAUUAAGUGAAUCAGAAGAAACGGUGUUCAGUAGUAACAGAGAAAGUAAUAUAAUAUUUGCUGGAUCAUCCAAAGAUGCUGAAGUAGAUUCAGUUCCUGCUGGAGUAGAUGCUUUAACUGAAUCCAACGAUUUAACGGUUUUAGAAACUCAAAUGUCAUCUGAUGAAAUAGUGAAUGAUUCCGAUAUAUUGAAAAUAGAAGAAUUGAUCAAACAAAGUAAACAAGACGAACAAGAUGAAGAAGAAGUAGAUUAUGAAGUUGAAGAAACAAGUAAUCAAAAUAAAGUAGUAGUUUCAUUCAACAUUUUGGAUAUACUAAUAAAAGGAUCAAUCAACUUGGUAUUACCAUUUAUAAACGGUAUGAUGCUUGGAUUUGGUGAAAUUUUAGCUCAUGAAAUAGGAUUCAGGUACAAUUGGUUUGGUGCUAGAGUUACGCCACCUAGAAGAAUGGAAGCAAGAGCUAGACAAAACCAGUCUAAAUUUCUUUAGUUUUUUUCACCAUACUUUUUCUUCAUUUCUAGUAUACAUAUUUUAACAUAUAAUUAUAUAAUUCAAACAUUAAAGAAUUCAGUUUCAUUUAAAGUUAUUUCAGACCUAACUUACUAACCUUACCUACAGUAGUAAUAAUCUUUGUGGUCUCCAAUAACGGAAUUUUA